GCUGGGCGCAGGCGCGAUACGGACACCCUGACCUUCAACAGAGCUGAGGUAGAGUCGUCGCCAUGUUCGCCCGGGGGGCUGUCGUUGCGCUUUAUCAACCGCAAUGGGGCCAAGUCAGGAAUAUGGCAACUCUAAAAGACAUUACCAGGCGUUUGAAGUCUAUCAAGAACAUUCAGAAGAUUACAAAGUCCAUGAAGAUGGUUUCUGCAGCAAAAUAUGCAAGAGCUGAGAGGGAGCUGAAGCCAGCAAGAAUCUAUGGAACAGGAGCACUGGCUCUCUAUGAGAAAGCAGAACUAAAGCCAUCUGAGGAAAAGAAGAGGCAUCUCCUUAUUGGCGUGUCCUCUGACAGAGGUCUGUGUGGUGCUAUCCAUACAUCAAUUGCUAAAACCUUGAAGAACGAGAUAACCAACCUCAAAAAUGCAGGGAAAGAAGUCAUGGUGGUUGGAGUAGGUGACAAGAUCAGAGGCCUGCUUCAGAGGACACAUGGCAAUUAUUUCCUGGUGACAUUCAAAGAAGUGGGACGGAGACCUCCGAGCUUUGGGGAUGCUUCAAUCAUUGCCUUAGAGUUGUUAAACUCUGGGUAUGAAUUUGAUGAAGGUUCUGUCAUCUACAAUCGUUUCAGGUCUGUCAUCUCCUACAAGACUGAUGAGAAACCAAUCUACUCCUUUGAAACAGUUGCUGGUUCUGAAAGCCUAAGUAUCUAUGAUGAUAUUGAUGCUGAUGUGCUGAGAAACUACCAGGAAUUUACACUAGCAAAUAUUCUGUACUAUUCCCUGAAGGAAUCCACCACCAGUGAGCAGAGUGCUAGGAUGACUGCUAUGGACAACGCUAGCAAAAAUGCUUCUGAGAUGAUUGACAAAUUGACCUUGACCUUCAACCGUACCCGUCAAGCCGUCAUUACCAAGGAGCUCAUUGAGAUCAUCUCUGGUGCUGCUGCUCUGGAUUAAUCGGAAAAAGCAGUUCAGCCAAACCCAAGAGGUGAAGAAGAGCUUUUCUGAGCACGUGGUUUAACCUGCCUGUGUCUGUGUUAGCAAGACUGUUUGGUUAUUUUGUGAAGAAGGGGCAAAGCCCCAGAAAUCUGUAAAUUCUUAAAAUAAACUAACUUGAUGAAACAAAA